UUACACUUUGGUAUUUUGGUAUCACCCACUGUCAUGGCUCCCUGAGCAAGUAGACAUUUAACGUUAGCUCUGUUAUGGUAACGUUAUCUAAAUCUUUGGAGAAACACAACAUUUCUUCUCUUACAGGUGCAGAAAUUGGGGUUUUAACGACUCGGGGUUGUUUUACUUAGAUAACUCAUCAUGGCGGGGAGUAGCACAGCUCAGAAAACAUGGGAGCUAUCGAACAGCAUGCAGGAAGUUCAGAGCAUAGACGAAAUUUACAAAUAUGACAAAAAGCAACAACAAGAAAUCCUCGCUGCGAAGCCAUGGACAAAGGAUCAUCACUAUUUCAAGUACUGCAAGAUCUCAGCCCUGGCCCUGUUGAAGAUGGUGAUGCAUGCCAGGUCUGGAGGAAACCUGGAGGUGAUGGGCCUCAUGCUGGGGAAGGUGGAUGGUGAAACCAUGAUCAUUAUGGACAGCUUUGCCCUGCCUGUGGAGGGCACAGAAACACGAGUCAACGCCCAGGCUGCAGCAUAUGAAUACAUGGCUGCCUACAUUGAAAAUGCCAAACAGGUUGGCCGGCUGGAGAACGCUAUUGGCUGGUACCACAGUCACCCAGGCUACGGAUGCUGGCUCUCGGGCAUAGAUGUCAGCACUCAGAUGCUCAACCAGCAGUUUCAGGAGCCUUUCGUGGCCGUUGUGAUCGACCCCACUCGGACUAUUUCUGCAGGGAAAGUCAACCUUGGCGCCUUUAGGACCUACCCAAAGGGUUACAAACCUCCUGAUGAGGGACCGUCAGAAUACCAGACAAUCCCCUUGAACAAGAUUGAAGACUUUGGUGUUCACUGUAAACAGUAUUACGCCUUGGAGGUAACUUACUUUAAGUCCUCCCUCGACAGAAAGCUUCUGGAACUCCUUUGGAACAAAUAUUGGGUCAAUACUUUAAGCUCCUCAAGUCUCCUCACGAACUCGGACUACACCACAGGCCAGGUGUUUGACCUGUCGGAGAAGCUGGAGCAGUCGGAGGCCCAGCUGGGCAGAGGCAGCUUCAUGCUCGGGUUGGACACACAUGACAGGAAGUCUGAGGACAAGCUGGCCAAAGCAACACGAGAUAGCUGCAAGACAACCAUUGAGGCAAUUCAUGGCCUGAUGUCUCAAGUCAUUAAGGACAAACUCUUCAAUCAAAUCAACACGUCUGGCAAUUAAACCUGAACUACGAGCUGAUGUGGAUUUCACCUGGAAAUCUUGUGCAUGUGUAGCACUUACUGGUUUAUGUUUAACUGCCAAGGGUAGGAUUAUCUGUGAUUUCUCUGGGGGGUGUUUUUUCAUUCAAUUUCUUCUUUUGUCCUAGAAGUAGCUAAGGAUUAUACAGUCAAGGACUUGUGCAAAAAAUAAAAUAUAAAAAAGUGCAGCUGCU